CGGGUCACAGUUAAGGAUGCAAGAGCCCGGCGCCUUCCCGUAGCCCCGGCCCUGUCAUUAAUUAAUGCUGGGGCUCCAUUCGGUGCAGCGCAGUCCCAGGGAUGCAACCGCAACUUUUGGGCACAAUAGGCUCUCGAUCUGUAAUCCAGCCAACCCAGGCCUGUAGUGUGUAAAUGCCAACUCAGCGGGAGGGCUCUGGCUGUCGCCCAGAGCCGUUUCUCGGCUCUUUCGCGGUUGCCGGCGCGCUCGGGACAGGAGGAACCCGCAGCCCGCGGGAGUCAGCGGAGACCCGACCAGCACUAUCCAGCCCUCUGCACCGCCCCCGCGGCGGGGUCUGGACCAAGUCGCCCCUAGCAACAACAGCCGGGCCGGCUUUCUCAGGCCAUGCUGAUUGGCGGGACUCCGGGUGGCGGCCUGUCGUCACUUCCGGCAGCCGGAGGCAGCAGAGGAAGCCGAGGGGCGGCCAUCUUGGCUCCGUGAGGCUCUGAGGUGCCGGGGUGCGGCGGCGGCAGCGGCGGCCAGCAGGGCGGAGGCUGAGGCAGCAAGCUCGCUAGAGAGGGAGAAGCAGUCGGGCGCAGGCGCUUCCUCCGCAGCCCGCUCCAUGGUCGGCGCCCACAGCCCGCGGCGGCCUGUCUUGCGCUCCACUUCCUUCACAUCCUCCUCCGCCUCCUCUUUUUCAGGCGCCGCCGGCGGCGCUGUGUGGAGGCCCGCGAGCUGAAAUUCGCGGUGCGACGGGAGGGAGUGGAGAAGGAGGUGAGGGGGCCCAGGAUCGCGGGGCGCCCUGAGGCAAGGGGACGCCGGCGGGCCGAAGCGCAGCCCGCCGCCCGCAGGUUCGGCUCCGCCACUGCCGCCCUCCCGGUCUCCUCGCCUCGGCCGCCGAGGCAGGGAGAGAAUGAGCCCCGGGACCCGCCGGGGGACGGCCCGGGCCAGGCCCGGGAUCUAGACGGCCGUAGGGGGAAGGGAGCCGCCCUCCCCACGGCGCCUUUUCAGAACUGCCGUGGACUCGAGGACGCUGGUCGCCGGCCUCCUAGGGCUGUGCUGUUUUGUUUUCACCCUCGCAUUGUGCAGAAUUAAAGUGCAGUAAAAUGUCCACUAGGACCCCAUUGCCAACGGUGAAUGAACGAGACACUGAAAACCACACGUCACAUGGAGAUGGGCGUCAAGAAGUUACCUCUCGUACCAGCCGCUCAGGAGCUCGGUGUAGAAACUCUAUAGCUUCCUGUGCAGAUGAACAACCUCACAUCGGAAACUACAGACUGUUGAAAACAAUCGGCAAGGGGAAUUUUGCAAAAGUAAAAUUGGCAAGACAUAUCCUUACAGGCAGAGAGGUUGCAAUAAAAAUAAUUGACAAAACUCAGUUGAAUCCAACAAGUCUACAAAAGCUCUUCAGAGAAGUAAGAAUAAUGAAGAUUUUAAAUCAUCCCAAUAUAGUGAAGUUAUUCGAAGUCAUUGAAACUGAAAAAACACUCUACCUAAUCAUGGAAUAUGCAAGUGGAGGUGAAGUAUUUGACUAUUUGGUUGCACAUGGCAGGAUGAAGGAAAAAGAAGCAAGAUCUAAAUUUAGACAGAUUGUAUCUGCGGUUCAAUACUGCCAUCAGAAACGGAUCGUACAUCGAGACCUCAAGGCUGAAAAUCUAUUGUUAGAUGCCGAUAUGAACAUUAAAAUAGCAGAUUUCGGUUUUAGCAAUGAAUUUACUGUUGGCGGUAAACUCGACACGUUUUGUGGCAGUCCUCCAUACGCAGCACCUGAGCUCUUCCAGGGCAAGAAAUACGACGGGCCAGAAGUGGAUGUGUGGAGUCUGGGGGUCAUUUUAUACACACUAGUCAGUGGCUCACUUCCCUUUGAUGGGCAAAACCUAAAGGAACUGAGAGAGAGAGUAUUAAGAGGGAAAUACAGAAUUCCCUUCUACAUGUCUACAGACUGUGAAAACCUUCUCAAACGUUUCCUGGUGCUAAAUCCAAUUAAACGCGGCACUCUAGAGCAAAUCAUGAAGGACAGGUGGAUCAAUGCAGGGCAUGAAGAAGAUGAACUCAAACCAUUUGUUGAACCAGAGCUAGACAUCUCAGACCAAAAAAGAAUAGAUAUUAUGGUGGGAAUGGGAUAUUCACAAGAAGAAAUUCAAGAAUCUCUUAGUAAAAUGAAAUAUGAUGAAAUCACAGCUACAUAUUUGUUAUUGGGGAGAAAAUCUUCAGAGGUUAGGCCGAGCAGUGAUCUCAACAACAGUACUGGCCAGUCUCCUCACCACAAAGUGCAGAGAAGUGUUUCUUCAAGCCAGAAGCAAAGACGCUACAGUGACCAUGCUGGACCAGCUAUUCCUUCUGUUGUGGCGUAUCCAAAAAGGAGUCAGACCAGCACUGCAGAUAGUGACCUCAAAGAAGAUGGAAUUUCCUCCCGGAAAUCAAGUGGCAGUGCUGUUGGAGGAAAGGGAAUUGCUCCAGCCAGUCCCAUGCUUGGGAAUGCAAGUAAUCCCAAUAAGGCGGAUAUUCCUGAACGCAAGAAAAGCUCCACUGUCCCUAGUAGUAACACAGCAUCUGGUGGAAUGACACGACGAAAUACUUAUGUUUGCAGUGAGAGAACUACAGCUGAUAGACACUCAGUGAUUCAGAAUGGCAAAGAAAACAGCACUAUUCCUGAUCAGAGAACUCCAGUUGCUUCAACACACAGUGUUAGUAGUGCAGCCACCCCAGAUCGAAUCCGCUUCCCAAGAGGCACUGCCAGUCGUAGCACUUUCCACGGCCAGCCCCGGGAACGGCGAACCGCAACAUAUAAUGGCCCUCCUGCCUCUCCCAGCCUGUCCCAUGAAGCCACACCGUUGUCCCAGACUCGAAGCCGAGGCUCCACUAAUCUCUUUAGUAAAUUAACUUCAAAACUCACAAGGAGAAACAUGUCAUUCAGGUUUAUCAAAAGGCUUCCAACUGAAUAUGAGAGGAACGGGAGAUAUGAGGGCUCAAGUCGCAAUGUAUCUGCUGAGCAAAAAGAUGAAAACAAAGAAGCAAAGCCUCGAUCCCUACGCUUCACCUGGAGCAUGAAAACCACUAGUUCAAUGGAUCCUGGGGACAUGAUGCGGGAAAUCCGCAAAGUGUUGGACGCCAAUAACUGCGACUAUGAGCAGAGGGAGCGCUUCUUGCUCUUCUGCGUCCACGGAGAUGGGCACGCAGAGAACCUCGUGCAGUGGGAAAUGGAAGUAUGCAAGCUGCCAAGACUGUCUCUGAACGGGGUCCGGUUUAAGCGGAUAUCGGGGACAUCUAUAGCCUUCAAAAAUAUUGCUUCCAAAAUUGCCAAUGAGCUAAAGCUGUAACCCAGUAAUUAUGAUGUAAAUUAAGUAGCAAUUAAAGUGUUUUCCUGAACACUGAUGGAAAUGUAUAGAAUAAUAUUUAGGCAAUAACGUCUGCAUCUUCUAAAUCAUGAAAUUAAAGUCUGAGGACGAGAGCACGCCUGGGAGCGAAAGCUGGCCUUUUUUCUACGAAUGCACUACAUUAAAGAUGUGCAACCUAUGCGCCCCCUGCCCUCCUUCCAUUACCCUGAGAGUCGGCGUGUGGCCCCAUCUCCAUGUGCCUCCCGUCUGGGUGGGUGUGAGAGUGGACAGUGUGUGUGUGAAGUGGUGUAUAUGGAAGCAUCUCCCUACACUGGCAGCCAGUCAUUACUAGUACCUCUGCGGGAGAUCAUCCGGUGCUAAAACAUUACAGUUGCCAAGGAGGAAAAUACUGAAUUACUGCUAAGAAUUAACCUUAAGACCAGUUCAUAGUUAAUACAGGUUUACAGUUCAUGCUUGUGGUUUUGUGUUUGUUGUUUUGUGUUUUUUUUAGUGCAAAAGGUUUAAAUUUAUAGUUGUGAACAUUGCUUGUGUGUGUUUUUCUAAGUAGAUUCACAAGAUAAUUAAAAAUUCACUUUUUCUCAGUAAAA